GCCUAUUCGUCUGCCUAGCUAGAUGAACAAAAACAAAUCUUGUUUUGGUAUACUGAACUCUCCCGCUGCUUUCAAUCUAUUAAAAUAUAUUAUUUAUUGAAAUUGCAUAGUAAAAAUUACGGAAUUCGGUAAUCCCGAGUGACUAAACCGCAGCCAACAGCAUCGAAAUGGACGAAGAACCAAACUCUCUUUGUCGUCUAUGCUUGAGCGAAGAAACUCUCACCAGUAGUUUAAGGGAUGAAAAUUGUUAUCGAUGGAUAUCGGAUUACCUCUCGAUACAGGUAAACUCCAACGACCAAAUGAGUCAAGCGAUUUGCGCAAUUUGCCAUCUAAAACUGGCAGAGUUCCAUGAGUUCCGAAUCCGUUGUCUGGAAGUGCAAGAAGUGCUUCAAACUAGAAAUGAAACGAGAAGCAGCCAAUCUACAACAGAAGAAGUGCUAGAAGUACUACAAAUAAAGUGUGAAAAACCAAGUGACCAAUCAACAACUGAAGAAGUGCAAGAAAUACUCCAAACUAAAAACGAAAAGCCUAUCUUAAAGUGCGAGAAAUGUUCCAGGCUAUUCACAUCAAAGAAACGACUAUGGAACCACAUGGAGUGGCAUAAAGAGCAGGCCAGCGAGCGGCUCCAGUGUGAAGUAUGUCACAAGGUGUUCGGAACAAGGACAAAGUUUAAGGAUCACGAGAAGUACCACAAAUCGAUGGAAAAAUUCGUGUGCACACAAUGUGGCAAAUCUUAUGACAGAAAAGUACGUUUGCGCAACCAUAUGAGCAUAUGCAGCCUGCAAAUGGAGAAACGACUAAAAAAUCUCGAAAAAAGUCUUUCCAACAACGAAGAGCACACACGGGAAGUACUGCUGAAAAUGGAAGCAGAGGAAACAAGUUCUAGCGUGGAUGUUUUUCCGCAGUCGGUUGUAGUUAAACAGGAACCAGACGAUCUUGAAGAACAAUAAAUGCCAGUGGCACGCAAUAGUUAAACUUUAUGUUAAUAAAAAUUAAUAAAUAUGU